CUGGGUUGCAAGUGCAGCGCUCCUGCCGCCAUUACUUAAGUAUAACAUAGCUCAAUAAUGCAGCGCCACCUCUUCCUCCUGUUCUAUGCGCCAGGCGCCGCGGCGUUAGCGUUGCGCGCCGCGGCGGGCCACAAGCAGCGAUACAGAAGCAGCAUCAACAUGGUGCUAGAAGACGCGCCGCAGGUCGUCGCCUUGACCGCCUCGCUCCCGGAAAGCACGCCGGCGCGCUGGCGCAAAUCCACCAAACAACUGGCGACGGUCGGGCCCGCUUCCAGUACAAGUGAGAUGCUCGAGAAGCUCUUCGCCGCCGGUGUUGAUGUUUUCAGGCUCAAUUUCAGCCACGGCAGCCACGACGAGAAGCGCGAACUCAUCGAAAAGAUAAGACAAUUGGAGAAGACGCACGGCCACCCGAUUGGCAUAUUGGCGGACUUGCAGGGCCCCAAACUGAGAGUGGGGGUCUUCGACAAGGGCAAAGCUAUGUUAGUACAGGGCCAAUCUUUCAGAUUCGAUGAUGUGGACGAGCCGGGCGACGCGUCUAGGGUCAGGCUGCCGCAUCCGGAAAUUCUCCAGACUUUAAAUGAAGAUGACAUUUUGUUGGUCGAUGAUGGUAAGUUGCGGCUGCAAGUGACGAGCAAAGACAACGAUGGAGUGGACUGCGAAGUUAUUGUAGGCGGUACUAUAUCAGAUAGGAAAGGAGUCAACACCCCCUCUAUAACCAUCCCGAUCUCGCCCCUGACGCCGAAAGACCGUGCUGAUCUGGCCUUCGCUCUCACGCAAAACAUCGACUGGGUCGCUCUAAGUUUUGUGCAACGGCCGGAGGACAUCGAGGAGUUGAGGACCAUCGUCAAGAACUCGGAACGGCCCUUUGUGCGGCUGAUGGCGAAGAUCGAGAAGCCGCAAGCGGUCCAAGAUAUAGAGAGAAUUGUGGAGUUGUGCGAUGGUAUUAUGGUGGCUCGAGGUGACCUAGGCGUAGAAAUGAACCCGGAAGAUGUUCCAGUGGUCCAGAAGACCAUCAUAAACCUAUGUCGGUCGAAGGGCGUACCUGUGGUCGUAGCGACGCAGAUGCUCGAGUCGAUGAUCGAGUCGCCGACCCCGACCAGAGCGGAAUGUAGCGACGUCGCCACAGCGUUGUACGACGGCGCCGACGCCGUCAUGCUGUCCGCGGAGAGUGCCGCGGGCGCCUACCCCGAGGAAGCGGUGACGAUGCAGCGUAGAGUUAUCUCGCGAGUGGAAGCGGAUCCUUACUAUAGAGAGGCCCACGACGCCUUGGUUGGAUUUCGUUUGUUGGAAGAACGGUCCACGACGACGGACGCCGUGACGCUCGCCGCGAGACAAAUUGCAGGAGCUAUCUCCGCCAAAGUGCUGAUCGUCUUCACGUCGGAAGGUACGACCGUAUUAACAGCGGCUUCUUUACGGCCGAACGUGCCCAUUUUAGCUCUGACGCCGAACGAGGAGACGGCUCGCGCGUUAUCGCUGUGCUGGGGCGUCUACGCGCGGUUGCUGGCGCCGCAGACGUUUGAUGAGAACCAAAUCUUCGCCGAUGUUUUGGGCGCGGCGGUCGACGUCGCCGUGGACUACGGGUUGCUCGAGAAUGAGUCCGACGUGGCCGUCGUGACAGCGGGCCUGCCCUGGGGGACGCCGGGCGCGUCGAACGUCUUGAGGGUCGUGCCGAUGAUGGGCCCGGACGCGUGGCCCGAGGACCUCUGCCGCGUGGGGGUCGACGAGGCGUGCGCCUAGCUCACCGUUUGUUAAAUAGAUCUUGUAUGCA